UACAAUGUACACAGUUGUGUCACUUAGAUGCAAGUAGACGAUCGCGAACGUACAGCGGACUGACAUGCAUGACCUACUAUGAUCUGAUCAGUAGUGACUAGUAGGCUAACUUCUAUACAUCAGCAGCAUUAGAACGUUCAGUCAUGGAGGAAUACUGCAAUGGUACAUUUUGGGAUAUUAAUGAGACUUGGAAUAGCAGCUGGCCACAAUUCACUGAGUGUUUCCAAAAUACGGUGUUGGUGUGGGUGCCAUGUGGCUUUGUGUGGCUCGCCCUACCAUUCUACUUAUGGUACCUCCUGUCUGUCGCAGGGACAACUCUAAAGUGCUCCUGGAAACAUAGAAUUAAGCUGGCCAUAGUGGUUAUCCUGAUGGCUUUUCUGGCGUAUUGGAUUGUUGAGGUUGUCAACGACCUCAAACCUGAAGAACAGUACUGGAGAGCCAAACUUGUGGGACCUAUCAUAUAUCUCAUUACACUUUGUGUCGUGUUCCUGCUGAUGUGCCUGGAGAGAUGGAAGGCACUGGUCACUUCAGGAGUGCUGUUUGUAUACUGGGUUCUGGUCGCUUUUACCCUAAUUAUUCCGCUUUACUCCAUGAUCAUUCAAAAGGCCUACAAAGAUCAUUUAAAUGGAUUUGUCAUCUUCAUGGUUUCCACUGGACUUGUUCUAAUACAAGUGUUAGUUCAUUGCGUGGCAGAGGAAUUACCCCACACUGACAAGCUCAUUUCUCCAGAAAUUAAAGCAUCUUUUCUGUCGAGGAUGUCCUUUACAUGGCUAGACGGGCUAAUGGUGACAGGGUACAGAAAGACUCUCACAGAGGAAGAUGUUUUUAACCUGGGUCCUUCAGAGCUGUCACAGAACGUUGUACCAAGAUUUGAGAGAAACUGGCAAAGGGAGUCUGCCAAACAGAAAAUUAAAGCUCAAACCUCAAGAAUUACAGAAAUACCUGCAAGUUCUUUUGAGAAUUCCACUGAGAGAACACCAUUGUUGGCGAGCAGUCCCCCAGACUCGAAAAAGGACUCACCCAAAAAACUGGUGGGAAAACCUAGCCUGACUAAAGUGCUUUUUAAGACGUUUGGAUUGGAGCUAUUGAAUGCCCAUAUAUUCAAAUUAUUUUAUGAUGCAUUAAAUUUUGCGAAUCCUUUUCUUUUACGCUUUCUGAUAGAUUUCACUGUGCCUGGCCCAGACGGUGUUUAUCAGCAGUCCUGGAGGGGUUAUGUCCUGACUGCGGGAUUCUUCCUCACCACCAUCAUGCAGUCCUUCCUGUUUCACCAGGUAUUCCACAUGAGUACCACCCUUGGCUUGAGAGUCCGCGCAGUAAUUAUAUCCGCAGUCUACAAGAAGGCACUAUCAAUGAGCAGUGCAUCCAGAAAGGAAUCAACGACUGGUGAAAUAGUGAAUCUCAUGUCUGUUGACACUGAACGCAUAGUUUCAACACUGCAGUAUCUGUGGGGCAUCUGGUCCUCACCCCUUCAGAUGGCUGUGGCACUCUACUUCCUAUAUGGGACCAUGGGCCCUUCCAUGUUUGCUGGAUUUGGAUCACUUAUACUCAUGUUCCCUCUCAAUGGCUACCUCAUGUACAAAUUGCAAAAGUUACAGGAGCAACAAAUGAAGCAGAAGGACAUUAGGAUCAAAGUCAUUAACGAGGUUCUUAAUGGAAUAAAGAUUCUCAAACUCUAUGCUUGGGAGAUGUCAUUUAAGGAAAAGAUUGCUGCUGUGAGAAAACUGGAGCUGAAAUAUAUCUGGAAGGCUGGCAUAUUUGGCUGUGGUUUCAUGUUCUCCUGGUACAUAGCUCCCUACCUUGUGUCCCUGGCAACCUUUGCGACCUUCAUCUUUGCAUCAGAUAAUCAUUUUCUGGACCCUCAGACAGCGUUUGUGGCCAUUUCCCUAUUCAACAUACUGAGGUUUGCUGUUAACAUUGCUCCGGCUGUCAUCACAGAAGUGGUCACGGCCAAUGUCUCGAUGAAGCGGUUGAGUAAAUUUCUGAACAGUGAGGAUCUUGAUGCAAAGUGUGUAUCUCACAGCUCCUUGGAGCGUGAUGCAGUGGUGAUCAGGGAUGGAGAAUUUUUGUGGGAUGAAGAGGUUGGAACUACAUUAUCAGAUAUCAAUGUACGAGUCCCAGAGGGAGGCCUGGUGGCUGUCGUUGGACAGGUUGGAGCAGGGAAGUCCUCUUUGAUAUCAGCCAUUUUAGGGGAGAUGACGAAAGUGAAAGGUCAGGUCAAUGUCAAGGGAUCACUAUCGUACAUACCACAACAAGCAUGGAUCCAGAAUGCAACACUUCAGGACAACAUCCUGUUCGGUGAGAAACUACAACAGCAGCGUUACGACGAGAUUUUGGAUUCCUGUGCGCUCGUCUCUGAUAUGGACAUGCUGCCAGCUGGAGACCAGACAGAAAUCGGUGAAAAGGGUAUCAAUCUGAGUGGAGGUCAGAAACAAAGGGUCAGUUUGGCUCGAGCAGUGCACUUUAACUCGGACAUCUAUCUACUGGACGACCCUCUCAGUGCUGUUGACUCCCAUGUAGGCAAGCAUAUCUUUGAUCGGGUCAUAGGUCGUAAAGGACUGUUAAAGGACAAGACCAGAGUGCUGAUAACACAUGGAGUCCAGUGGCUGCCCCAUGUUGACACCAUUGUGGUGAUGGAUAACGGCCGAGUCACAGAGAUCGGAUCUUAUGAUGAGUUACUCAGUCACGCAGGGGCAUUUGCCAAGUUUCUCCAAACAUACUUUGUCCAGAAUGAAGAAGAUUCUGAUGAGGAAGAAGAUCCUGAAAUUGCGGCAACCAAAGCAAGGAUUUUGCAGAGACUCACUUCAAUCAAUUCAGAAGAGGGAGGUGAACUUUUAAGGGCCUCCGAGUCAGAGAGUGGAACAGAUGACAAGACACUCAGGAGAAGGAAGUCUAAAGGGCUGGAUAGGGGAAUGUCUCGAGAUGACGGUGAGAAGAAAAAAGGGCUGGAUAGGGCUCUGUCUAAGGAAGCAGCAGUGGAGAAAAAGACAGACGACAAACUGAUAGAGGAAGAACAGUCAGAAACAGGCAGUGUUAAACUUGCUGUGUUUUUUGCCUACGCUCGAUCAUUGGGCCUACCAUAUGCAAUCGCGCUUGUAUUGCUAAGUGCAGGCUUCCAGGCUAUGGGCGUUCUCAGCAACAUGUGGCUCAGUAAUUGGACUGGUGAUGCCACCCUCAAUAACCGUACCUUAGGACCACCAGACAGCUCUAUUUACAUGGAUAAAAACAAGUAUUACCUGGGCAUCUAUGGAGCACUUGGAGCGGGACAAUCUAUCUUUAUCACAGUGUUUUCACUUGUGCUGGUAUUUAGAACAGUGAAAGCUUCUAAAGUGCUACAUGGUCAGAUGCUCCACGGCAUACUACGAUCACCUAUGUCCUUCUUUGAUACCACACCUAUUGGCCGAAUUGUCAAUCGCUUCUCCCAGGAUAUGGAUAUCAUUGACCGGGAACUACCAAUGACAGUUCAGAUGUUCCUUGAUUGCUUAUUCAUGGUGAUUGGUUCACUGUUUGUCAUAUCCUACAGCACACCUUUCUUUAUGGUCAUCAUCCUCCCAGUAGGGUUCCUCUACUUCCUCGUACAGAGAUUUUACAUCCCAUCAUCACGCCAGCUAAAGAGGGUGGAGUCUAAGACACGUUCACCUAUAUAUAAUCACUUCAGUGAAACUCUGGCAGGAGCUAGUGUCAUCCGCGCCUACAGCGUCCAGCACAAGUUCAUCACUCAGUCAGAGGAGAGGGUCGACUUGAACCAAAAAUACUCUUUUGCUAGUUUUUCGUCAAACAGGUGGCUUGGUUUCCGAUUAGAGUUCCUGGGAAAUUUAAUCAUUGUGGCAGCUGCGCUGUUGACAGUAAUUAGUAGAGAUGGGAGUGGCAUUACAGGUUCCAUUGUCGGCCUGUCCGUCACAUACGCUUUACAGAUCACAGAGAAUUUGAACUGGAUGGUGCGUAUGUCCAGUGAACUUGAGACCAAAGUGGUCUCCGUCGAGAGAGUCAAAGAGUAUGCAGAAAUACCACAUGAGGAUAAAUUGGUGUACAAGAGUCAUCGUCCACCUUCCCUCUGGCCAGAGAACGGAGAGGUCAAGUUUAAGAACUACUCCACCCGCUACAGGACAGGACUCGAUCUUGUCCUCAAGAACAUUGAUGUCACAAUCCAACCUGGUGAAAAGGUGGGGAUUGUUGGAAGGACAGGGGCAGGAAAGUCUUCCCUAACCUUAGCUUUGUUCCGCUUGAUUGAACCAGCCAGUGGCAGCAUCAUCAUCGACGGGGAAAAUCUGAAUCGCAUGGGACUCCAUGACAGUCGCUCCAGACUGACAAUCCUACCACAGGAUCCUGUGAUAUUUUCUGGGUCUUUGAGGAUGAACCUUGACCCCUUAGAUGAGUAUAUGGACAAUGACCUUUGGGAUGCCCUUGAGCAUGCACAUCUGAAAACAUUUGCCCAGUCAUUGGCAACAGGUCUUGAAUAUGACUGUGGGGAAGGAGGACAAAACUUGAGUGUUGGACAAAGACAACUGGUAUGUCUGGCUCGGAGUCUCUUGCGUAAAACUAAGAUUCUGGUUCUGGACGAAGCCACCGCUGCAGUUGACAUGGAAACGGAUGACCUUAUACAGCAGACAAUCCGUACAGAAUUCAAGGAUAGUACCGUCCUGACCAUCGCUCACCGUCUCAACACAAUAAUGGAUUAUGACAGAAUCAUGGUACUGGACAAAGGAGAAAUCUGUGAGUUUGACUCUCCUAACAGUCUCCUUAAAAACACCAGCAGUGUCUUCUACCAACUCGCAAAGGAUGCUGGGAUUGUGUGAUCCUGGCAUAUAAUGCCAAAUGACUUGUGUGAAAGUAAGUGCAGCUAUAGGUACAAAAGUUGGAGAUGGGUCCCUGUAUACAGACCCCGUAAGGGGGAUACUCAUGUAGACCAUUAAGUAGAUUCAAAUGAAUGCAUUUAACUGUUGCAAAUAAAUGGCAAAUAAAAAAAGUGUUUAAAAAUAGAAGGAUUAUCUUUGGGAUAUGUCUAUUAGUGUGGAGAUGUCUUAUCUAGGCCGCAUUUGUUUAUCACAAUCCAAAUGGUUGAACCGGUUAGACCAGACUUGUUCCUUUAUGAUAUUAGGUCAGAUCUAGUAAUCUGAUGUUACUUUCAGGUGAGCCUUGACAAAUUAAAGCCUUGCAAGGCCUGCAUAGACAUUUGCAGGUCCACCAGGAUUUAUACACGUAAACUUCACAUUUAAAUGUAAAAUGGGGGCCUAUACAAAUAUUUUGUGUACAUCAGUGGAGUGGUACAUGUACAUGUGUGUUGUGGUACAUGUACAAACGUGGAGUGGUACAUGCACAUGUGUAGAGUGGUACAAUUACAAACAUGGAGUGGUACAUGCACAUAUGUGUUACAUGUACAUGUGUGGAGAUGUACAUGUAUGUAGUGUUACAUGUACAUGU